UUUCAAAGCACCUGUGAAGGAGCUCUGGACAGCAUCCACGUCCAAAAGUCAAAAAAAGGCCACCACUUAGGAUUUUGGCCAAGAAAUGACGUCAAAAACCUCCACUGGACACCUUCGAAACUUAGUAAUAGGCAGCCUUCUGCUGCUGUGCUCUGCAAUUAUAUUCUAUAUUUAUUACAAGCCAACUGCAUGCCUCCAUGCUGUUAAGGUGGAGAACCAAACUCAAAUUAUUACUAAUUGCACUUCAGUCCAGGAAAAGACACCAGCCAGUCAAUCACCAAGUUUGGAAAAGGAGGAUGCUGCAACCCCCCACAAAUCUGAGAUAGUUGUCUUAAUCUGGAAGUGGCCAUUUGGAUACCACUUUGAAUUGGAAUCCUGUGAGUCAGAUUACGGUAUCAAAGGUUGCCAUCUAACAGCUGACAGAAAUCAAUUUGACAAAGCACAUGGGGUAAUGUUCCAUCUUAGAGACAUCGGAGGUGAGGUACAGGACCUGUUGACAUUAUCUCGACCUCCACGGCAGAAAUGGGUAUGGAUGAACAUGGAGUCUCCAGCUAACUCACCACAGCUGCCUGGAGGAGAUGACUUAUUCAACCUGACAUCAAACUAUAGGAGAGAUUCAGACAUCUGGGUGCCUUAUGGACGAAUCAAAGAAAUCUCUGAGAAGGACGAACCCUUUAAAAUCCCAAAAAAAGACAAAUUAGUCUGCUGGAUUGUCAGCAACUGGAACAACAACUAUAGACGAGUGGGUUACUUCAACGAACUGAGCCAACACAUCAAAGUUGAGACUUAUGGACGGCAUUUUGGGAGAUAUAUAAACGGUGAAGAUUACGGUCCAAUUGUUUCAAGCUGCAAGUUCUACCUAUCGUUUGAGAACUCCAUCUUUAAAGACUACAUCACAGAGAAGCUCUUCAGCCCAAUGAGACUUGGCACAGUUCCUGUGGUUCUCGGUCCAUCCAGGGAGAACUAUGAGGAAUUUAUACCAAAAGAUUCCUUCAUUCAUGUGGAUGAUUUCAAAACACCACAAGAACUGGCAGAACAUCUCAAACUUCUGGACCAGAACCAGGAGAUGUAUGAAAAGUACUUUGCUUGGAGAAAAGACUUUGUUGUGCAGAACACUUUGGGUCACGAGCAUGCUUGCCGUAUUUGUGAUCAUUUAAGGAGGUACAAGAAUUUCAGAAUAUUCAAAAAUGUUAAUAAGUGGUAUUGGGGCUAGCUGGCUUGUUGUACCAUCAGCUUUGUGCUGUUUACUCAGAGGGGAAAGCUUGAUUCCACAAAGAAUCUAGAUUCAAAUGUCUGGUAUGUUAUGUCGGUUAUAGUUAAGAUCUAAGCCAGUCAAGAUCCAAGCCAUAGUUUCAAAUACCUUUCAUAGAUUUGAGAAUUGACCCCUAAAUUCAUGGAACCUGAUUUUAAAUCUCAGAACUAAUUUGUCAAGUUUAUCCAGUUCUAAAGCAGCUGAAAAAGUGACAGAUCCUGAACACAGCAGUUAUUUUACAUUACCUGAUAUGAAAUACUUUUAAUAAA